AUGCCAUUUGGCUGCCUAACAAUCGGAGAGAAGAAGGAUUAUAACAGUCCUACAGAGGUGACGGAUAAAUAUGAUCUGGGACAGAUUGUCAAAUCAGAGGAGUUCUGUGAGAUCUUCAGAGCCAAGGACAAAACCACGCUGAAAAUGUACACAUGUAAAAAGUUCCUGAAGAAGGACGGGAGGAAAGUUCGCAAGGCGGCGAAAAAUGAGAUUCUCAUCUUAAAAAUGGUGAAGCACCCUAACAUCCUGCAGCUGGUGGACGUCUACGAGACCAGAAAAGAAUACUUCCUCUUCCUGGAGCUGGCGACGGGCAGAGAGGUGUUCGACUGGAUCCUGGACCAGGGCUACUACUCAGAGAGGGACACCAGCAACGUGGUGAGGCAGGUCCUUGAGGCCGUGGCCUAUCUCCACUCCCUCCACAUUGUACACAGGAACCUGAAGCUGGAGAACCUGGUGUACUACAACCGGCUGAAGCACUCCAAAAUCGUCAUCAGUGACUUCCAUCUGGCCAAGCUGGAGAACGGCCUGAUCAAAGACCCCUGCGGCACCCCGGAGUACCUGGCGCCCGAGGUGGUGGGCAGGCAGAGAUACGGCCAGCCCGUGGACUGCUGGGCCAUGGGCGUCAUCAUGUACAUACUGCUGUCGGGCAACCCUCCGUUCUACGAUGAAACUGAUGAAGAAGAUUAUGAAAACCACGAUAAGAACCUAUUCAGAAAGAUUCUGGCGGGAGAUUAUGAGUUUGACUCCCCAUACUGGGAUGACAUCUCUGAUUCAGCUAAGAGUCUGGUGGCUCGUCUGAUGGAGGUGGACCAGGACCAGAGACUCACAGCCCAGGAGGCCAUUAACCACGAGUGGAUCUCUGGGGGCGCGGCUUCUGACAAGAACAUCAAGGAGAACGUCUGCGCUCAGAUAGAGAAGAACUUUGCCAAGGCUAAGUGGAAGAAAGCCGUGCGGGUAACCACCAUCAUGAAGCGACUGCGUGCCCCGGAGCAGGGCGGGUCCCGGGCCGCCAGCCCUGCCGAGGGAACCACGUCCGCAGGCGCGGCCACAGCGGUGGAGUGCGGCGCGGGGGGGAGCAGUGAACCGACGCAAGCGGUCGUGGCCGAGGUGGAGGCCGGUGGGGCGCGCGCUCAAGAGCAGCCGGGCGGAGCUGAGCCCGCCUCGCGUUGCAACGGAGACGCGGCGGCCCCCCUGUCAGCAGAGUCUGAGGCUGGGGACGAGCAGGGUUAG